AAAUGUCCAAGUCCACCGGCCCCCUCCUAGAACAACUCGGCGUGGGAACCUCAUCGCAAUCGACGCCAAACACCAGCACCAACAUGGCACACAACAAGGAUAAUAGUAGUGGAAGUACCAUGACCUCUACAGCCGACACACUGGGCGCAAAUAAGACGACGAAUGCGAUUCCGCAGGAAAACCCGAGUGUCUUGUCUUCGGCGGGUGUGAUUGGGAAGAAUUUCAACCCGGACGGCGCAAUAGGCCAAGCCGGGUCUUCAAUCGGCGGCCCGUUUGCCGCAGACGGGGUAGUCGGAAGCCAGUUCGAUGCACGGCAGAAUGGGAUUGCGGGGCUUGUGGAGCGCGCGGUGGAUGGGCCGCGGAAUCCGGCGGGGAGCUCAAAGUAAGCGGCAUGUAGGAAGGGUGGAGUUGUUGGGUGGAUGGAUGGAUGUGAGAGGGAAUUUUUGGGUAGUGUAUAUAUAGAGAAGUAA